UAAUAAAUUCUUCUCUUAUCGUUUCCCCGUGCGGCGUGCCGGCGAUCAUAAAUUUCUAGAUAAGAAAUGGCACUGUGGUGGCCGCCAGGAGUGGUCACGUGCGUUCGAUAUUAUAUUGUGAGUUCUCGGUUAUAGCGAUAGGUAGCCAGUACCUAUUCAACUUAACUGAAAAUCAAAAUUUGUUUUGUUAUAUUCCCGCACUAUACGCCUGCUCAAAUGUUUUUUGUUUGCCACAGUUGUUUUUCCCGCAUAAAAUAAUAGUAUAAAAAUCAACAUGUCUAAGGCUCUUGUAAGUUUAGUCACAGGAGCCGCUUCCGGAUUAGGAAAGGCCACUGUUGAACGGCUUGUGAAAAAUGGAUACAAAGUAAUAAUGUGUGACUUACAGUCAUCAGAAGGAAAAAGUGUUUCUGAAACAAUUGGUCCCAAUACUAAUUUCGUUCCUACUGACGUACGAUCUGAAACUGAUGUUCAGAAUGCUAUUGACACGUGCAAACAACUCCAUGGAAAAUUAAACUUAAUUGUCAAUUGUGCUGGUAUAAGUAUUGCACGUAAAGUAUUCAAUUUCAACAAAAGCAGUGCCCACAGCUUAGAAGAAUUUACCGAUGUACUUAUGGUAAAUACUGUUGGUAGUUUCAAUGUUAUCCGAUUAGGUGUCGCUCUGAUGGGAAAUAAUGAAGUUGACGAAAAUGGUCAGCGAGGAGUUGUGAUCAAUACAUCAGGAUAUUCUGCUUAUGAUGGGCAAAUGGGCCAAGUUGCUUUUGCAGCCAGCAAAGGAGCUAUUGCUGCAAUGACAUUACCUCUCGCGAGGGAUAUGGCAUCUCAAGGCAUUAGACACUGUUCAAUAGCUCCAGGAUUAUUCAACACUCCUUUAAUAAAUCAUUUACCAGACAAAGUUAAAAACUAUUUCGCAGAUAUGACACCAUUUCCCAAAAGAUUAGGGCAACCAGAAGAGUUUGCAAAUCUUGUUGUAAGCAUUGUCGAUAAUCCAUUUCUAAAUGGAGAAGUUAUUAGAAUAGACGGCGGAAUCAGAUUUAUCUAAAUCAUAUUUAAUACCUAUCGUAAUAUAUUUUAAGUUUGUGCUUCGCCAUAUUAUAAUAAUAUAUUUAAUGUUUAAUUUUAGUAGUUGUCAAUAAAUAGUAAAAUAAAAUGUA